CCGGCUGCAAGCGGGUGGGAAAGAGAGGGAGGAGAGGCGGCGGGUGAUUUGCUUGGGAGCCCCGGGGCUGCACUCUCACUCCCCUCGGGUGCGGGGAGAGGCGGAUGUCGCUGAGCUUCUGCAGAGCGUCGUUGGCUUUUCUCCGAGCGGCUGCCUGGAGCUCUGUAAGGUCUUCCCCCACCCCGCUCAGUUCAGGUCUGGGUUAGCUGCGCGCAACAGAUACCGCGGGGAGAUGUCCUAUUUGUUCCCCACCUGUUCUUUUUCUUAAGCGCCUCCCGACUGAACUCGACCUUAAAUUCAGAGGGUCUCUGGUGAACGACUACAGGGUAGCAACGGCGACAUCCUGAGAAAUCCGACGGGCGCCCGAGGGAUCCCAAACACAGAAGAAGUAACAACAGUCGGGAAGGAUCCGGUAUGAGCGAUUGCUGGAAACUGCUGUCAUCAUUCCCAAUAACCAUGGCUCCAGUCAUCAAUUCAUCGUUUUUGAAUUUUAAAGAUGGUCCUAUUGUCCUGCCUUCUGAAGCGAAUGGAACUUUGCUGUUUAUCAUGCUGGGGAAAGUAUUUCUCAAUUUGUUUCUAUUGCAAGUCAGAAAACACAGCCAUCGUCAGAGUUUUAUGAGCUAUUUCUGCAUUUCACUAGCUAUCUUUGAUUUGAUACUUCUGGGGAUGAUGACUCUCAUUUUCUGUAAUCAGAAUAUUUUGAUCGGGGAGAUUAGAUUUACUGAGUAUCACAUCUGUCUUUUGCCUCAGAUUACCUCCUUUGUCUAUGGGAUUUUACAUUACCCAGUUUUUUUGAUAGCUGGCUUGGAUUAUUGCUUUACAAUAACCCACACUUCCAAAUAUCAGAACAAAUGUUGGAAAUCAUUGUACACAGUUGCUGUGAUACUCACAUGGAUUUCUGUGCUUGGUUACAUUCUGAAUCUUCGGAGCACUUCUUUAUGGCUGAACAUCAAUAAUGAUAAUUAUGGGCAUGAUUGUCCUUUCUACAUUAGCAGCCAAACUUACUGGCUCUCGCUUGGUAUGUUGACCAUAAUAAGCUUGGUUCUUGUUUUCUGUUGGUCAGAAAUUAUAAAUAUGGUGCAGUCCACUAAGCUUAUUUCCUUUGAGAGAGACAUUGUUCUGUUAUUUCCUUAUGAACUUGAGGGCAGCUCCAGAGAUCGUUCAAAACAUCUUUUGACAAGACUUCUGAUCAGCUUUAUGGGCACUUGGACACCAUUCGUUAUGCUCCAAAUGCUCAUUGUGUUACUUAAUGCAGAGAUUCCUGCUCACAUUGAGAUGAACGUCCCCUGGCUUUAUUUUGUCAACAGCUUUCUUAUUGGGGUUGCAUGUUGGGUGAGAGGCCAAGACAUUGUGUUUCCUGAAGAUUCUUGGAAUGUGGAUCCGUUUGUCAGCUGGAAAUUUUGCUUUACACCUUUCAGCUUUCAAAACACCGAUAAAGCUGUAAAGCCGGACAGCGAAAUCAUAAUCUGUUAAUGAACUAUCAUAGGAUAAUAUAGACUGGAUUGCAAUCAACGGAGAAGGCUGCAAGUUAAAUUUACGAACUACAGGAGAUAUUGGUUAAUAUCAAUAUCAAAUGAGAUAUUGGUUGAACAUUGUCUCAAGUUCUGCUGCGUGUGUAGGAACAUGGCAGUAUAAAAGAAUACUACGUUGUUUUUCAAGUUGAAUUUCCAGUAUGGGUUGUUAUUUCAAAAUAAAGUAAUGGAGUCUUUACUGUG